CAUUAGUCAUUUGUCAAUGUCAAUUGUCAGCUGUCAUUUGCCAAACAUCUUUCCGUUUUUAUUACAUUUAUUUUGUUACAAUAAUUUGUUCAACACGAUGUCGUAAUUGUGGUAUAUGCAAAAUAUUUUUUAAACCAAUAAUUGCAAUACAUAGAUAUAAGUAUUUUAUUUAGUUAUAUGUGCUUAAGUUUAUAAACAUGAGUUAUCAAGACGAUCCUAACUGCUACGUCGGUUCGUUCCCCAAAAACUUCAGCUAUGGCCCUUUCGAGCAAAACGGGGAUGAUGAUAAUACGUCACUUCAAGAAGACCAUAAACCUCGCAUCCUUUUAAUGGGCCUCAGACGGUCAGGCAAAUCUUCUAUACAAAAAGUCGUGUUCCAUAAGAUGUCACCAAACGAAACGUUAUUUUUAGAAUCCACAAAUAAAAUAGUAAAAGACGAUAUAAACAACAGCAGUUUUGUACAAUUUCAAAUUUGGGAUUUUCCAGGACAGAUAGAUUUUUUUGAUCCAACAUUUGAUUCUGAUACUAUAUUUGGUGGUUGUGGAGCUUUAGUUUUUGUUAUUGAUGCACAGGAUGACUACCAAGAUGCCUUGGAUAAGUUGCAGCUGACCGUCACAAAAGCUUAUAGAGUAAACAGUAACAUCAAGUUUGAAGUAUUCAUACAUAAGGUUGAUGGGCUCAAUGAUGAUUACAAAAUGGAAUCGCAAAGAGACAUUCAUCACAGAGCCACUGAUGACCUUGCUGAAGCAGGAUUGGAUCAUGUGCAUCUUUCAUUUCAUCUUACUUCUAUAUAUGAUCAUUCCAUAUUUGAGGCUUUUAGCAAAGUUGUUCAGAAGCUGAUUCCACAAUUACCAACAUUGGAAAACCUUUUAAACAUAUUGAUUUCUAACUCUGGGAUAGAGAAGGCAUUCCUGUUUGACGUAGUAUCCAAGAUAUACAUUGCAACUGAUAGUUCACCUGUAGAUAUGCAAAGCUAUGAACUCUGUUGUGAUAUGAUUGAUGUUGUCAUAGAUAUAUCAUGUAUUUAUGGCAUGGUUGAUGAAACAGAAGUGAAUACGUUUAAUAAUCAAAGUUCAAGUUUAAUUAAGCUUAAUAAUGGAACCGUUUUAUACCUUCGUGAAGUAAAUAAAUUUCUUGCAUUGGUUUGCAUUUUAAGAGAAGAAAAUUUUCAAAAACAAGGUGUCAUCGACUAUAAUUUCCUUUGCUUCCGUGAUGCUAUAACUCAAGUGUUUGAGCUUCGUAAUAAAUGCCAAACUGCCAUAUCAAGAACGAGAUCUGGCACACCAGAACCCUUACCGAAUGGUGCCGCGGAUUCCACGGAGAGCGUGUCGGAUCGGUCGCAGCCUCAGUUACCAUAGCAUUAUGUAAAUUUCCAUGUAUAUAAUAUAAUAUUAUGCAAACUUUUUUUUAAAAGGCAUGUUAAUUUCAAAGCAUUAAUAUAUUAUGUGAAUAAAGAGCAUAUCUAAAUAA